AUGGUUCUGAAGCUUCGAAGCGGCCUUCUGCAGCACUCUUGUUGUUCUGAUGAUGAUUCUGCUGUCAAGGUCUGUUUUAUGAUUUUUGGGAUCCUUUGUUUCAAGCCCAGGUCUUGUCAUCGGCAACGUCGGGAACUUCCGCCGGAUCCCGGCAGGACCAACAACAACAACAACAAAAUCAACAACACCACCACCACCACCACCACCAUGCUGCACCCGCCGUGGUACACCUGCGUCCUAGGCGGGUUCUUUUUCGUGUUUUGGGCCGGGUAUUGGGUCGUGCAUUUGCUGGCCCUGGGCUACGCGCGGUGGCGGCUCCACGGGGCUCCCCGCGGCGCCCGUCGCAGUCCCGAAGACCCCUGGCCCGGGGUAUCGAUACUGAAGCCUCUGGUUGGGGUGGACUGCAACCUCGUGUCCAACCUGGAAACGUUUUUCACCAUGAACUAUCCCGCGUACGAGCUUUUGUUUUGCGUGGCCGAGGAAACGGACCCGGCAUUGGUCGUGUGUCGGGCCCUGUUGGACAAGUACCCCAAGGUCGACGCCAGGAUCUUUGUGGGUGGCGAGAAGGUCGGAGCCAACCCGAAAAUCAAUAACAUGGAGCCUGGAUACAAGACAGCCAAGUAUGAUUUGGUGAUGAUCAGCGAUUCAGGGCUGCGAAUGCGCGAGGACACCCUAACAGACAUGGUGUCACACAUGGGUGAGAAGGUCGGGCUUGUGCAUCAAAUGCCCUUCGUUUGCGACAGGGACGGAUUUCCUAGUGUUCUUGAAAAGGUUUACUUCGGGACGUGCGUGGCGCGGAUUUAUUUGGCGGCGGAUUUGCUGGGCAUCAACUCCGUGACGGGCAUGUCGUGCAUUUUCCGCAAGUCAAUCGUGGACGAACUCGGGGGAUUGAAGGCGUUCGGCUGUUACCUGGCCGAGGACUAUUUCCUGGGACUAGGCAUUCAGAAGAAGGGGUUCAAGCUUCGGGUCACGUCGCAACCCGCGUGGCAGAACCCCGGGCCGAGUGAUAUUCCGUCGUUCCAGGCCCGGAUACGAAGGCAUGUGUUGUACAUUUCGCGGAAUGAUGGAUUCUUUUCUCACGAUAAUAACACUUUUACUUAUUGCAGGUGGACCCAGCUUAGGAUAGCCAUGGUGCCCACGACGAUAUUGCUGGAGCCCCUGCAAGAAUGUGUGGUGCUGGGGUUGUGCACGGCCUGGGCCGGGCACGCCCUGUUCCACUGGGACCCGCUCGUGUUCUUCCUGGUCCACUCCUUGUCCUGGUUCCUGCUCGACUACUGCCUCCUCACGUCCGUCAACGGAGACUGGCUCACCUUUUCCAAGUCCGAGUUCCUGCUUGCCUGGCUGUUUCGCGAAUUCGACGCGUUCCGCCAAUUCCUUCAGGCCUUCGUGGAUCCCGUGAUCCGGUGGCGGUCCGGCGCCUAUCGGCUCAACUGGGGCGGCGUUAUUCGGGAGACGCCGGUGGCCGUGGCUCAGUUAUCGUCGCCGGCGCCGCUUGGGACCAAGGUCGCCUUGGCCGUGCCGAAAAAGCGGCGUCCGCCUUCGUCCGCGUGUGCCUCGUAUCCGACGUCGUCGUAUGGGCGGCCGCCGUUGCAACCCCUUGACCACGGGGCGCCGUGGUAA